CAGAGACUCAGAAAACUAUAUAAGAAACCAAGGCAUGGUUGGUUAAAUCAAGAGGAUCUUUUGGGAGGCUUAUUGUAUUUGGUGUUGGGUUAUAUGGUAGGCGAAAUGGCUUUGAUGUUUGGACUCUCAUUGAGAGUUACCUUGAUAAACUGCCUGCUAUUUGGUGGGAUAGCCUGUUUUCCAACAUCAAAGGGUGACUAUGAAGGAAUUCACCAAGCUACACAAAAAGGAACAAGCCACGGAAAUAAAACAAUAUGGCAUCGAAUACAUGUGCCACAGAAAAUGCAGUUGAAACAUCUUCCCCAUGCUCCAACAGGGAUGCCAAAAGUCACUGGUCAAAAUACCUCAGCAGUUGUGGAGACUGGCUCAAAAUUCCCAGCUGAGGUAUCUGGUCACAGUAGUCUAGCAAGUGCGGUGACUGGCCUAAAAACCGCAGCUGAAGUAACCCAUCAAAUGGGCCUAAAUGUAACUGGACACGGUGGCCCAGCAAAUGCGGUGAAUGGACAAAAAACCACGGCUGAAGUAACAGGUCACAUUGCACUGACUGAAGUGACUGGGCAUAUGGGACCAUCUGAAGUUACCAGUCAUAGUGGCCCAGCAAGUGCUGGGACAGGCCCAAAAAUCCCAACUGAAGUAACCAGGCAUAAUGGCACAGCACAAGCUGUGACUGGCCCAAAAAUCCCAGCUGUAGUUACCAGGCAUCGUGGCCCAGCAAGUGCUGUGACUGGCCUGAAAAUCCCAGCUGAAGUAACCAUGCGUGGUGACCUAGCAAGUCCUGUGACUGGCCCAACAAUCCCAGCUGAAGUUACCAGGCACAUUGCACUGACUGAAGUGACUGGGCAUAUGGGACCACUUGAAGUAACCAAGCAUAGCGGCACAGCAGGUUCUGUGACAGGCCCAGAAAUCCCAACUGAGGUAACCAGGCAUAGUGGCACAGCAGGUGCUGUGACAGGCCUGAAAAUCCCUGCUGAAGUAACCAUGCGUGGUGACCCAGCAAGUCCUGUGACUGGCCCAAAAAUCCCAGCUAAAGUAACUGGUCAAAGUAGCCCAGCAAGUGCUGUGAUUGGCCCAAAAAUCCAAGAUGCAGUUACCAGGCACAUUGCACUGACUGGGCAUAUGGGACCACCUGAAGCAACCAGGCAUAGUAGCCCAGCAAGUGCUGUGACUGGCCUGAAAGCCGCAGAUGAAGUAACCCAUCACAUAGGCCUAAAUUAUAUAACUGGACAUGGUGGCCCACUAAAUGCGGUGACUGGCCCAAAAAUCACAGCUGAAGUAACCAGGCGUGGCGUGACUGAGUUGAAAAUCCCAGCAAAAGUAACUGGGUACAUUGCACUGACUGAAGUGACUGGGCAUAUGGGACCAUCUAAAGUAACUAGGCAUAGUGGCCCAGCAAGUGCUGUGACAGGCCUGAAAAUCCCAUCUGAAGUAACCAUGCGUGGUGACCUAGCAAGUCCUGUGACUGGCCCAAAAAUCCCAGCUGAAGUAACCAGGCUUGGUGACCUAGCAAGUGCUGUGACUGACCUGAAAAUCCCAGCUAAAGUAACCAUGCGUGGUGACUUAGCAAGUCCUGUGACUGGCCCAAAAAUCCCAGCUGAAGUAACCAGGCUUGGUGACCUAGCAAGUGCUGUGACUGACCUGAAAAUCCCAGCUAAAGUAACUGGACACAUUGCACUGACUGAAGUGGCUGGGCAUAUGGGACCACCUGAAGUAACCAGGCAUAGUAGCCCAGCUAGUGCUGUGACUGGCCUGAAAGCCGCAGCUGAAGUAACCCAUCACAUGGGCCUAAAUAAUGUAACUGGUCAUGGUGCCCCAGCAAGUGCGGUGACUGGCCUGAAAAUCCCAGCUGAAGUAACCAUGCGUGGUGACCUAGCAAGUCCUGUGACUGGCCCAAAAAUCCCAGCUGAAGUUACCAGGCACAUUGCACUGACUGCAGUGACUGGGCAUAUGGGAACACCUGAAGUAACCAGGCAUAGUAGCCCAGCAAGUGCUGUGACUGGCCUAAAAGCCGCAGCUGAAGUAACUGGUCAAAGUAGCCCAGCAAGUGCUGUGAUUGGCCCAAAAAUCCAAGCUGCAGUUACCCGGCACAUUGCACUGACUGAAGUGACUGGGCAUAUGGGACCACCUGAAGCAACCAGGCAUAGUAGCCCAGCAAGUGCUGUGACUGGCCUAAAAGCCGCAGCUGAAGUAACCCAUCACAUGGGCCUAAAUUAUGUAACUGGUCAUGGUGCCCCAGCAAGUGCGGUGACUGGCCCAAAAAUCCCAGCUGAUGUUACCAGGCACAUUGCACUGACUGAAGUGACUGGGCAUAUGGGAACACCUGAAGUAACCGGGCAUAGUAGCCCAGCAAGUGCUGUGACUGGCCUAAAAGCCGCAGCUGAAGUAACCCAUCACAUGGGCCUAAAUUAUGUAACCAGGCAUAGUGGCACAGCAGGAGCUGUGACAGGCCUGAAAAUCCCUGCUGAAGUAACCAUGCGUGGUGACCUAGCAAGUCCUGUGACUGGCCUGAAAUUCCCAGCUGAAGUAACUGGUCAAAGUAGCCCAGCAAGUGCUGUGAUUGGCCCAAAAAUCCCAGCUGAAGUUACCGGGCACAUUGCACUGACUGAAGUGGCUGGGCAUAUGGGAACACCUGAAGUAACCAGGCAUAGUAGCCCAGCAAGUGCUGUGACUGGCCUGAAAGCCGCAGCUGAAGUAAUCCAUCACAUGGGCCUAAAUUAUAUAACUGGACAUGGUGGCCCACUAAAUGCGGUGACUGGCCCAAAAAUCACAGCUGAAGUAACCAGGCGUGGUGACCUAGCAAAUGCUGUGACUGAGCUGAAAAUCCCAGCAAAAGUAACUGGGUACAUUGCAUUGACUGAAGUGACUGGGCAUAUGGGACCAUCUGAAGUAACCAGGAACAGUGGCCCAGCAAGUGCUGUGACCGGCCCAAAAAUCCAAGCUGAAGUUACCAGGCAAAGUGGCCCUGCAAGUGCUGUGACAGGCCUGAAAAUCCCAGCUGAAGUAACUGGUCAAAGUAGCCCAGCAAGUGCUGUGACUGGCCCAACAAUCCCAGCUGAAGUUACUGGGCACAUUGUACUGACUGAAGUGACUGGGCACAUGGGACCAAUAGAAGUAACCAGGCAUAGUGGCCCAGCAAGUGCUGUGACAGUCCUGAAAAUCCCAGCUGAAGUAACCAGGCUUGGUGACCUAGCAAGUCCUGUGACUGGCCCAAAAAUCCCAGCUGAAGUAACCAGGCUUGGUGACCUAGCAAGUGCUGUGACUGACCUGAAAGCCGCAGCUGAAGUAACCCAUCACAUGGGCCUAAAUAAUGUAACUGGACAUGGUGCCCCAGCAAGUGCGGUGACUGGCCCAAAAAUCCCAGCUGAAGUUACUGGGCACAUUGCACUGACUGAAGUGACUGGGCAUAUGGGACCACCUGAAGUAACCAGGCAUAGUAGCCCAGCAAGUGCUGUGACUGGCCUGAAAGCCGCAGCUGAAGUAACCCAUCACAUGGGCCUAAAUUAUGUAACUGGACAUGGUGCCCCAGCAAGUGCGGUGACUGGCCUGAAAAUCCCAGCUGAAGUAACUGGUCAAAGUAGCCCAGCAAGUGCUGUGACAGGCCUCAAAAUCCCAACUGCCGUAACCAGGCACAUUGCACUGACUGAAGUGACUGGGCAUAUGGGACCACCUGAAGUAACCAGGCAUAGUGGCCCAGCAAGUGCUGUGACAGGCCCAGAAAUCCCAACUGAGGUAACCAGGCAUAGUGGCACAGCAGGUGCUGUGACUGGCCCAGACAUCCCAACUGAGGUAACCAGGCAUAGCGGCACAGCAGAUGCUGUGACUGGCCCAGAUAUCCCAGCUGAAGUUACCAGGCAUAGUGGCCCAGCAAGUGCUGUGACAGGCCCAGAAAUCCCAACUGAGGUAACCAGGCAUAGUGGCACAGCAGGUGCUGUGACAGGCCCAAAAAUCCAAGCUGAAGUUACCAGGCGUGGUGACCUAGAAAGUGCUGUGACUGACCUGAAAAUCCCAGCUAAAGUAACUGGGCACAUUGCACUGACUGAAGUGACUGGGCAUAUGGGACCACCUGAAGUAACCGGGCAUAGUAGCCCAGCAAGUGCUGUGAAUGGCCUGAAAGCCGCAGCUGAAGUUACCCAUCACAUGGGCCUAAAUUAUGUAACUGGACAUGGUGCCCCAGCAAGUGCGGUGACUGGCCCAAAAAUCCAAGCUGAAGUUACCAGGCACAUUGCACUGACUGAAGUGACUGGGCAUAUGGGAAUACCUGUAGUAACCAGGCAUAGUAGCCCAGCAAGUGCUGUGACUGGCCUGAAAGCCGCAGCUGAAGUAACCCAUCAAAUGGGCCUAAAUUAUGUAACUGGACAUGGUGGCCCAGCAAAUGCAGUGACUGGCCCAAAAAUCACAGUUGAAGUAACCAGGCGUGGUGACCUAGCAAGUGCUGUGACUGGGCUGAAAAUCCCAGCUGACGUAACCGGUCACAGUAGCCCAACAAGUGUAGUGACUGGCCCAAAACACUCAGAUGAGAUGACAGGGCAUGGUGGCCCAACCUAUGCAACUGAGCCUGGUGGCCCAGCAAGUGUGGUGACUUCCCCAAAUUACCCAAAUGUUACAUCUGUUACUGUGUCUGAACAGAAACCAGGUGAAAUGCUUCAUAAUGUCUCGCAACUGAUUCCUUUUUCCAAGUUGAACCUUACCUCAAAUGUGACAAGUUACUCAGCUACCACCAACUUUAAUUACCCAGCAGCAUCAUCUGUCUCCUAUGCCUCAGCAGCAAGAGAAUUAGGCAACCAGGCUUUAGUAAUGUCGGGUCCCCGGGCCUCUGCCGUCGCGGCGGCGUCGGGUCCCCGGGCCUCUGCCGUCGCGGCGGCGUCGGGUCCCCGGGCCUCUGCCGGCGCGGCGGCGUCGGGUCCCCGGGCCUCUGCCGGCGCGGCGGCGUCGGGCCUCCUGAUUGCAACCAGGGGAUACUGGGAGGAAUCUACUGGUUGAUUCAUCAUUGAGAGGCUGGUCUCUUUGGUCAUCUGCUUGAAUCAGCCAGGGAUUUGAGUGGGUUUCCAUUGGGCAAAUAAAAAAGAUCCCUUUGUUUCUUCAUGUGAAACAUUACAGGGCAUAGCCUACCUUAACUCAAAUCUGAAGCAUGAAGACAUCAGUUGUACAAUAAAUCUUGAUUUUUAAAGUGA